UCGUUGCCCGAGCCCGCCGCGGCUCCAGCUCUGGGAGGAGCACUUCCCCGGAAGGCGGGGCGAUGCCGGGGAACCGGCAGCCGAGGGUACGCUCCGGGAACGAGCCUCGUCCCGCGCCCACCAUGGAGCCGGAGGGGCGCGGGGCCUGGGCCCACAGCCGCGCCGCGCUCGACCGGCUGGAGAAGCUGCUGCGCUGCUCGCGUUGCACUCAUAUUCUGAGGGAGCCUGUGUGUUUAGGGGGGUGUGAGCACAUCUUCUGUAGUAAUUGUGUAAGUGACUGCAUUGGGACUGGAUGUCCAGUGUGUUAUACCCCAGCCUGGAUACAAGAUGUGAAGAUAAAUAGACAAUUGGACAGCAUGAUCCAGCUUUGUAGUAAGCUUCGGAAUUUGCUACAUGAUGAUAAGCUUACAGAUUUGAAAGAAGAUACAUCUAGGGAAAAUUUAUUUAAUGAUGCAGAAAAUAAGAAGAAUUCAAUAAAAAUGUGGUUUAGUCCUCGAAGUAAGAAGGUCAGAUAUGUCGUGAGUAAAGUUUCAGUGCAAACCCAGCCUCAAGUGAUAAAUGAUGCGAAUGCUCAGCAGGCUUCCAUGUACGAAUUUGUUUCUACAAGUCCUCCAACAGGUGUUUCUGAGAAGGCUAAAAAGGCUUCUGCAAGAUCUGGAAAAAAACAGAAAAAGAAAACUUUAGCUGAAAUCAACCAAGAAUGGAACUUGGAGGCAGAAAAAGAAGAUGGUGAACUUGACUCCAAAGAGGAAUUAAAGGAAAAACUGGUGUCCUUCCUCAGCCAGCCGUCUGUUAUCGCUAGUCCUCAGACAAAUGGUGAGAUAGACUUACUAGCCAGUGGCUCUGCCGCGGAAUCACAGGGUUGUAGCAGCCUAACUGAAGUCUCUUUACCAUUAGCUGAGCACAUAGAGUCCCCAGAAACGGAGAGCAGGAAUGAAGAAGUGACUCCUGAGAAGCUCUGUGCGAAUCCUCGUCCAUCUAAGCAGUGUUUGCUGUCAGGUCCCGGUGGGCGACGUGGGUGUCGCAGCAGACAGUCCAGUCCCGUCCCUAAGAGAUGCAGGAGCAGCAUUCCUGGCACCAGCAGACAGCACAUAGUGCUUUCAGAAAACAAACCAUCGCCUGGCUGCCCCUCACCACCCUCAAACAAACUCAAAGUUGGUGACACAUUAAGGAGGAGAAAGAGUAAUGUAUCAGACAAGUCCAUGAGCCUCUUACCAGGUACGCCACCUUCUGCACUGAACAACCCGAGUUACAGACGGAUGAUGUCUAGCCCCUCAGCAGCGAAGCUGUCACCCAUUAGCCUUAUGGCUGUGAAAAGAAAUCAUAGAGGAGAGACUCUGCUCCAUAUUGCUUCCAUUAAGGGCGAUGUACCUUCUGUUGAGUACCUCUUACAAAAUGGAAGCGACCCAAAUGUUAAAGAUCAUGCUGGAUGGACACCAUUGCAUGAAGCCUGCAAUCAUGGGCACCUGAAAGUAGUGGAGUUGUUGCUACAGCACAAGGCGUUGGUGAACACCACUGGCUAUCAGAACGACUCGCCGCUUCAUGAUGCCGCGAAGAAUGGGCACCUGGAUAUAGUCAAGCUCUUAAUUUCCUACGGAGCCUCGAGGAACGCUGUUAACAUAUUUGGUUUGCGACCUGUGGAUUAUGCAAAUGGUGAAAAUAUGAAAUCACUAUUGCUGCUGCCAGAGAAGAAUGAAUCAUCAUCAACUCGCCAUUGCUCAGUAAUGAACACUGGUCAGCGUAGGGAUGGACCUCUCGUGCUUAUAGGCAGUGGGCUUUCUUCAGAACAACAAAAAAUGCUCAGUGAGCUUGCAGCAAUUCUUAAGGUUAAAAAAUGUGCUGAAUUUGACAAUACAGUAACUCAUGUCAUUGUUCCUGGGGAUACAGUUCAAAGUACCCUAAAAUGUAUGCUUGGGAUUCUCAGUGGAUGUUGGAUCUUAAAAUUUGAAUGGGUGAAAGCAUGUCUACAGAGAAAAGCAUGUGAACAGGAGGAAAAAUAUGAGAUUCCUGAAGGGCCACAGCGAAGCAGGCUCAACAAGGAACAGCUGUUGCCAAAGCUGUUUGAUGGAUGCUACUUCUAUUUUGGGGGAACCUUCAAACACCAUCCAAAGGACAACCUUAUUAAGCUUGUCGCUGCAGCUGGGGGCCAGGUCCUUAGUAGAAAGCCCAAGCCAGACAGUGACGUGACUCAGACCAUCAAUACAGUUGCAUACCACGCGAGACCUGAUUCCGAUCAGCGCUUCUGCACACAGUAUAUCAUCUACGAAGAUUUGUCUAAUCAUCGCCCAGAGAGGGUCCGGCAGGGCAAAGUCUGGAUGGCUCCUUCCAGCUGGUUUAUUGAUUGUGUGAUGUCCUUUGAGUUGCUCCCUCUUGACAGCUGAAUAUUGCACCAGAUGAACGUUUCAAAUUGAACUCACACUGUUU